AUGCCGGCCUUCCUCCCGCCCCUCUUCUCCCGCCGGCCGGCACUCCAGCCGGCCGCAUCUGCACCAAUCGCUGCUCCGGGAACCUCCUUUCGCGUCUUCCAGCCAAUCACGUUCAGCCGACGUGGCAGCGCUCCCGCAGCGCCAGCGCCCGCGGCCGGUACGCUGCCACGUGGUCCGGGGGCUGCCCACGUGGCACGAGUCGCGCUGCUGGUCGCCGUCGCUGCUGCGCUCAUCGCGUGCGACGUGUGGGGGCUGCACCCGUGGCACAGGAACGUCGCACAGGUCGCACAGGCGGGUCGGGAUGGGCAGGCGGAGUCGCAGCGGAGGCCUAGAGGGGCGGGAGAGGGCGGAGAAACCGGCGGAGAUGGCGGUGCAAGCGACUCGGGGGGUGGUGAAGGCAUUACCGGCAGUAAUGGUCGUGAUACUACCAGCGGUGGCAGUACCGAUGGUGAUAAUAACUGGGGCAGCAGCGGUGCAGUGGAGUACAGAGGGGCGCCGUGGAAGGCUGACGUGGGGCGGUGGCUGCUGGUGUGUGGCGACCAGCUGUCGCCUGUGACUGUAGGCGAGGUGCUCUUCUCGCGGGCGUGUCCCGGCAACUGCAGUGGCAACGGCGUGUGUAACCACGAGCUGGGGGAGUGCAGAUGCCGACACGGAUUCUCAGGCCCUGACUGCUCGCAGUUGCACCUGCACCAGUGCAACCUGCCCGCAUCACCCGAGUGGCCCGUGGGUACCUGGGUGGCGUCCAUCUGCCCGGCCCACUGCGACACCACCACCGCCCUCUGCUUCUGUGGGAAUGGGACUAGGUUCCCCCACCGCCCCAUCACCCACCCCUGUGGGUUCGUGUACCGGAGCCACGAAUUUGUCUACAGUGAGGUGGACACGGACCUUCUCUUUCACGCUCACACCAGCUACUGCAACGCCAGCUCUGUGACUGUCUGUGCCUCUCACCCACCACACCACCCCGCCCCAUCCCCCCAGGAACCACGACUUUGUGUACAGCGAGGUGGACACGGGUCUGCUCUUUCAAGCCCACACCAGCUACUGCAACGCCAGCUCUGUGACUGUCUGUGCCUUUCACCCACCACCCCGCCCCCUUCCCCCAGGAACCACGACUUCGUCUAUAGCGAGGUGGACACAGACUUGCUCUUCCACGCCCACACCGGCUACUGCAACGCGGAUCCCCGAGUGGGCUUUCAGCGCGACUACACGGGGUGUGGCAUGUGCGACGUGGACGGGUACUUGGGGCCCUUCUGUGACGUGCGCGUGGAGUCAUACUGUGUCAACCAGUGCUCUCGGCACGGCACGUGCCACAGAGGAUACUGUGAGUGUUCUGACGGUUUCUUUGGCAUCGACUGCAGCGUGCCGUCCGCUUUCACUCCUCCUGCGCUCUUCACGCACCCAUCUGAAUCGCUCCAGCUGGAUUCGCCGCACGCUGACGUGGCAUCGACGGCUGCCGACGCGUCAUUAGCUGGCAAAGACGGGGGAAGAGGCAGUGGAAGCAGCACUGGAGACCCAGAUGGUGUCAUUUCCAUGCCUGGCGAUGCUGCAGGCAGCACCUCUCCUGGUGAUGUGCAGCGCCGUGUGCUGCAUGGUGCAGGCGGGGAGGAGACACACCACAGACUACCGGCCCAACUUGCUGCUGCUGCUGCUGCUGAGGGUUCUUCUGCUGCUGCCGCUGCUGCUGCUGCUGGUGCUGCUGGUGCUGCUGCUGCUGGUGGUGCUGGUGGUGCUGAGGGCACCGUGCCAGGGUGGCAGAGGAGGGUGGAGAACCUGGCAGCGCAGCAGCAGGUGAAGCCAUUCGUGAGGCGGCAGUGGGAGCUGCGCCGGUGGGGCAAGGCGGCGGGCAGCAGCAGCAGCAGCAGCAGCAGCAGCAGCAAGGCGGCGGGCAGCAGCAGCAGCAGCAGGCGGUGGGUGCGGUGGCAGCGGCCGCUGAUCUACGUCUAUGACCUGCCGGGGGAGUUCACGUUUCACCACAUGGAGGCGAGGAAGAUCCGUGCAUACUGCACCACUCGGCUGUAUGGCAUGAGGAAUGAGACGCUGUACAAUUUCUUCCAGCUCUAUGGCAUGGAGGUAAGCACACGUGCGGACAUUCAUUUGAUCCGAGCAGCACACACUAGCCAGCCCCACCUUACCACCAAUGCAUCAUUCUGUGUGUUCGUGAUGGGUGGUUUCUCUUUUCCUCCUCCUCACCCCGUUUCCCUUCCCGCCCCCACCGCACCACCAAUGCAUCAGCAGCAGACUAUUUUCUCCCUUGCGCUCUUCAAGGGGUGGAGAAGCUAUACUCUCCUCCUCAUCUCGCUCUUCCCUUACCACUUCUCCUCCCCUCCCCUCCCGUCCCCUCCCACCAGUCAGGUGGCAGUCAUAGAGUCGCUGCUAGCCAGCACCCACCGCACCACCAAUGCAUCGGCAGCGGACUAUUUCUUUGUGCCCGUGAUGGGUGGGUGCAUCACCGCACGCGCUGACGACUCUCCUGCCACUUUGAUGCAGGUGCGUGGUUGUGCUACUGUUGUGAGAGGUCUAGUGUGGCAUGUACACUGGUGUUGUGUUGUGGUGUAUGUGUGGGUCUCUGCGGGGUGCCGUGGAAUUGCAUGGGAUGCCUGUGCAUCACUGCCCGGACUGAUGACCCUCACCCCACCUCUCCCACAGGGCAAGUCCAAGAACCGAACCGCCGGUCGGCGUGUUCACGAACCGUCGGGCAUACUUUGCAGCGGACCACUACCAGCGAGCCUAUCUUUGAGGUCUUUCAAACCUACGCGCACCAUUCCCCACCCCUCCCCAUCGCAGGGCAAGUUCAAGAACCGGCGGUCGUACUUUGCAGCGGACCACUACCAGCGAGCCCUGGAGCACAUCCGAUCCGCCUACCCCUUCUGGAACAGAACACAAGGCCGUGACCACAUCUGGACCUUCCCCUGGGACGAGGGAGCGUGCAGCGCCCCGGGGGACGUCUUCAAGGGCAUUAUGCUAUCGCUCUGGGCCAACACCAUGGCCACCCACAACCACUCCACCACCCACUUCCCUCGCUCACUGUUUCCCCCUGUAUCACCUCUCUCGCCUCUAUCUGUCAUCCCUGUCCUGCCUGCAGACCUUCCCCUGGGACGAGGGGGCUUGCAGCGCCCCUGGGACGAGGGGGCUUGCAGCGCCCCUGGGACGAGGGGGCUUGCAGCGCCCCUCAAGACGUGUAUAACGGCAUCAUGCUGUCGCACUGGGGCAACUUUUGAGUCGACUCAAAAGUCACCUCGGGCCUGCAGAGCCCCGAGGGACGUCUUUAACGGCAUCAUGCUGUCGCACUGGGGCAACACCAUGGCCGCCCACAACCGCUGCUUCCCAUCUCCCUUCCUCUAUCUGUCUUACCUGCAGACCUUCCCCUGGGACGAGGGUGCCUGCAACGCCCCUAAAGACGUGUUUAACGGCAUCAUGCUAUCGCACUGGGGCAACACCAUGGCCGCCCACAACCACUCCACCACCGCCUAUCUCCUCGACAGCUGGCGCGACAUCCCGCCAGCGCUGCGCGGGCGGCACCCGUGCUUCGACCCGCUAAAGGACGUGGUCAUGCCGGCCUUCAAGCCGCCCAAUGCGGAGCACCUCAGGGGGCGGCUGUGGCUCAAUCCAGUGGAGCAGCGGCAGCGGCUGUUCUUCUUUGGCGGCAACUUGGGGCUCAACUUUUCCCACGGCCGCCCCGAGGCCAAGUACUCACACAUGCACACAUGCACACAUGCACAGGCCAACUACAGCAUGGGCAUCCGGCAGCGGGUGGCGCUCUACUUUGCAUCGCAGCCCAACCUGCAUGGCCACGUGGGGUUGCUAUCCCACCCCGACGUGCUUGUGCUGCCAGGGCCCGUCACUGACUAUGCCCAGCAGCUCGCCUCAGCGCGCUUCUGCGGGGUGUUCCCAGGAGAUGGCUUCAGUGCGCGCAUGGAAGACAGUCUGCUGCACGGCUGCAUCCCCUGCAUCAUCCAGGAUGGCAUAGAGCUGCCGUUUGAGAAUUUCCUGGACUACCCAUCCUUCACAGUGCGAAUUGCAGAAGCCGACAUUCCCAACCUCGUCACCGUUCUCAACUCCAUCUCAUCCCACCAAGUGCGGGCAAUGCAGCGGGCGGCGAGCCUUGUCUGGAUGCGGUGGUUCUACCGGUCGGCAGUGCUGUUGGAGGCGGGGCGGCAGAGGGCACAGGGGAAGGAGGUGGGGGAGUGGGUGGCGGAUUUGGAGGGCAUGGAGGGGGAUGAUGCCGUUGACACACUUAUGCAGGUAAUCUCACCUCGCCUUCUGCGGGCUUCCCGGCCGUUAGGAUCCCCGUGCCGCGUCGCAAGUUCCGGCGACAGAAGCGGCGAGGAUCGCGGAGAUGCACCGAGUGACGCCAAUAGUAAUGCCGAUUCAGGAGCCGGAGGGAGCUCCCUCCGGCUGGAUGGGGUAGUGGAGGAGAUUACGGAGGAGUUUAGGACGGACGUCCGCGACGCGCAGAUUCUGCUUGCAGCGAUCCGAGCAGCCGUGAUCGGGGCAGUAGAAAAUAUUUUCGGGUCUGCCCGCGAGCAAGCAGCAGCAGUGAAGCGGCGCGGCCUGCCAAAGCUGCUGGCUGCGAAGCGGUGGCACCAAGUGGACCAAUGGAAGAACCCCCAGUCGUGGACGGUACUGCGGUGGGCUGUAGCGGCACUCUACCUCGCUGCUACAGUCGUCUUCUGCCGGGCGGCGGGCCGCACUGUAGCUGCCAGGCUGGCGAGCCGGCCUGCCUCGGUGGAGCGGUUUUUGGAGUUUGCCAUCCCAGAACCUACCCCUGAAAACGUCCGCCUCGUGCGGGAGCAGCGGUGGAGGGCGCAGGCGCCGCCAGGGCUAUCAGUGGUGAAGUGGAGGAUGGACCGAGACGGGCGGUGGGAGAAGGACCCUUCCUUUGUGGGCGAGACCGCGUGGCAGCAUGAGGGAGACCUGGACCGUUCCACAUCCACUGGGCUGCUGACACGUGGCAGUGACAAUGCUAGUGCUACGAGCGGCAGUGUCACGGCUGCUGCUUCCACCACCACCAUCACCAGCGGCAGUAGCAGCAAGGGCGGGUGGAGGGAGCGGUUGCAGCGGUGGGAGGAAGCAGUGACGGAGGGCGAUAUCAAGGACCUGUUUGAAGAGCCGUCCAGCCGGUACGAGUACGUGUACGAUUGGGAUCUGAUUCAGGCGCAGCAGGAGGAGGAGAUGGCGAGGCGGGCGCGGGGGGAGGGCGAGGCGGACAGCCCCGCCGUGUGGCUGCAGCGGCGGUGGUGGAAGUACCGACCAGGCAUGCCGUACGUGUGGCUGCUGCACAAGAUACAGACCAACGAGGUGGAUGCAGCGGUUUUCACGGCUGACAUGCGCCGGCUCUAUGUCACCAUGAAGGAAGGGUUUCCUGCUGAGUUCAAGGUGGACAUCCCAAUCGACCCCUUCCUCUACCCCUCGCUGCUGCUCAAGGGCGUCAACGUGGACAUCCCAAUAGACCCCUUCCUCUACCCCUCGCUGUUGCUCAAGGGGGUCAACGUGGACAUGCUGCCGCGCUCGCGCCUCUUCUUCCUGCGCGGGGUGGCCGCCCUGCUGCCCUCGCUGAUGCUGCUGGGCGGCAUCGGGGCGGCGCAGACCGUCUUCAAGCGGCGAGUGGACGAGAAGAUCCAUGAUUACAUCUACAUGGACCGCUCGCAGCUGCUGCUGCCCGAGGACGUGCACAGGGAGGGGCAGCGCAGUGCAUACGACGAUGUGGUGAUGGCGGAUGACAUCUGGGAGGUGCUGGAGGAGGUCAUGGCGUACAUGCGCGACCCCAUGGCCUUCCACUCGCAGGGCAUCAAGCUUCCCAGACGGCCCACCCGGCACGGGCAAGACGCUGCUGGCGCGGUCCAAUGCGCUUCAAAACCCUAUCCUUUUCUCCCCCCUCCCUCCCCACCAAACCCCCCUCCGCCUCCCUCUCAGGGCAUCUUGAUCAGCGGCCCACCGGGCACGGGCAAGACGCUGCUGGCGCGGUCCAUUGCGCGCGAGUGUGGGCUGCCGUUUGUGUUCACGUCGGGGGCGGAGUUUGUGGAUUCCACAUCGGAGAGUGGGCUGGAUAAGGUGUUCAACAUCUUCUUCACUGCGCGCGCCAAUGCGCCGGCAUUCCUGUUUGUGGACGAGAUCGACGCCCUGGCGGGCAAGAGCGUGCUCAAGGACCCCGAGAGGCGCGACGUGUACGAGGAGUUUCUGGCCGAGCUGGACGGCGAGGAGGAGCACACAGACGUGGACCGCUUUUCUCUUCGACAGUCGGUCAUUCUGAUAGCGGCCACCAACCGCCCGGACGAGUUGGACGAGGGGCUGACCAAGGCGGGGCGCAUCGACCGUGAGAUCCACGUGGGGCUGCCCAGCGAGGAGCAGCGCAUCGCCAUCUUUGGCGUUCACUCCCGCAACCGAUUGCUUGAUCCUUCUGUGGACUUCUCCAAGGUUGCCUUCCGCACGAUUGGUUUCUCAGGCGCCGAUAUCCGCAAUCUGGUGAACGAGGCGGGCAUCAUGGCGGUGAGGCGCGGGCACACAGUGAUCGAGCAGGGUGACGUCGUGGCAGCGCUGGACAAGCAGCUCUUCGAGAGCCUCGGGAUCUCCAUGACUGACGAUGAGCAGCAGAGAUUGUUUGCCAAGGUCCCAGCGGAGGUCCCAGCGGAGGUGAGGAGGGUGCUGGCAGUGCACGAGGCGGGGCACGUGGUGCUCGCACACCUCUUCCCCGCCUUCGACUGGCACGCCUUCACCCACAUCCUCCCCGGCGGCCAGGUGGGUUAUCAGGCGGCCAGGUGGGUUAUCAGGCGGCCAGGUGGGUUAUCAGGCGGCCAGGUGGGUUAUCAGGCGGCCAGGUGGGUUAUCAGGCGGCCAGGUGGGUUAUCAGGCGGCCAGGUGGGUUACCAGGCGGCCAGGUGGGUUACCAGGCGGCCAGGUGGGUUACCAGGCGGCCAGGUGGGUUACCAGGCGGCCAGGUGGGUUACCAGGCGGCCAGGUGGGUUACCAGGCGGCCAGGUGGGUUACCAGGCGGCCAGGUGGGUUACCUGGGCAGUCAGUUGGGUUGCCAAGCGGUCAGGUAGUCGCCAGGCGGAGCGGGCACUGUCAGUGUUCUACCCGCGGCAGGAGAUGCUACUCAAGGGCAGCACGAGUGUGGGGUACCUGCACAUGCAGAUGGUGGUGGCGCACGGCGGCAUGUGUGCCGAGCGCCUCGUGUUUGGCGACGACCAUGUCACGGACAACGGCCAGGACGACCUCAUGAAGCUGUCGCAGCACGAGGCCCCCUUCUUAUCCUCUCUUUUCCCCUCCAUGCACCCCACGUGCACCCCUCGUGCACCCCACGUGCACCCCCACGUGCACCCCACGUGCACCCCACGUGCACCCCACGUGCACCCCACGUGCACCCCACGUGCACCCCACGUGCACCCCCACGUGCACGCCACGUGCACCCCACGUGCACGCCACGUGCACCCCACGUGCACCCCACGUGCACCCCGUGCACCCCACGUGCACCCCACGUGCACCCACGUGCACCCCACGUGCACCCCAUGUGCCCACCACCUGCACCCCCACCUGCACCCCACGUGCACCCCAUGUGCACACCACCUGCACCCCCACCUGCACCCCACAUGCACCCCAUGUGCACACCACCUGCACCCCCACCUGCACCCCACGUGCACCCCAUGUGCACCCCACCAGAUCGCACGGGAGAUAGCUAGCAGCCAUGCGAACCCGCGGUUCGGUUUGCUGCCCAUCACGAUGCACCCCAUCAUGGAACCGCCAGGCUUCCCAGAUGAAGUCGAACUCAUCCCCUCCUCCGUACGUGCCGGGCUUAGGCAGGGGUUCAGGGCUUAG